ACAGAGCCACAGAACUCUCCUCUACCUUUCGCUGCUGCUUUUGCUCGGUACCAUGAACCACACUUCUCAAGCCUUCGUGAACGCUGCCACUGGGGGACAACCCCCAAACUACGAAAGAAUCAAGGAAGAAUAUGAGGUGUCUGAACUGGGGGCACCCCACGGAUCGGCUUCUGUCAGAACUACCGUGAUCAACAUGCCCAGAGAGGUCUCUGUGCCUGACCAUGUGGUCUGGUCCCUGUUCAAUACGCUCUUCAUGAACUUCUGCUGCCUGGGCUUCAUUGCCUAUGCCUACUCUGUGAAGUCUAGGGAUCGGAAGAUGGUGGGUGAUAUGACUGGAGCCCAGGCCUACGCAUCCACUGCCAAAUGCCUGAACAUCAGCUCCCUGGUCCUCAGCAUCCUCAUGGUCAUUAUCACUAUUGUUACUGUCGUCAUCAUUGCUCUUAAUGCUCCUCGUCUCCAGACUUGAUAGAGGAUUCUGGUUUCUGAUCCUGACGUGCUCCACCAUCUGCAGCUGCAUCCCUCCUUGCCCCUCUGCCCCUCCCGACACGCAGGUGUAACACUCAUCUAUCCACAAUGGAUUCAAUAAAACGCACUUGAUAGCCAU